CAGCCGCUUCUGCCCAAGGCGGCGAUGAACAGGACCGAGACUCGCGCCGACCGCCAGGCCCGGCGGUGGAGAGCCCAGGAGCCGCAGCAAUGGCGGCACCGGCUCCGGAGCGGCGGCCGCUUGCGAGGCCCUGCUGGAGGCAUCGCGGCGACGCCGCCCAAGCCGCGCAGCGAGCCCCCACCGCGCAGCUCCGCGGCGAAGGCUGCAGCCGAUGACCCAGACCGUAGGGGGGCUGGCACGGCGGCCUGCAGCGGGGCCAGCGCGGGGCGAGAGGCCCAGCCGGGCAGCUCAACCGCAGAGGUGACAGCGGACCCCCCGAGCCGCGGGGAGACCCGCACGGCGGCCGGCAGCGGAGCCACUGGAGACCAAGAGGCUUUCAGCCCUCCAGCCCGCCAGCCCCGCCGUUCGGCGCUGCAGCCCUUCAGUCCUCCACCCCUUCGCCGGCCGCACGCAACCAUUGUGGCGGCUGCCGGCGGGGUCACCGCGGGCCAAGAGGCGCCGCCGUGCAGCACGGCGGCGGGGGCGGCAGCUGCCCUUUCGAGCCACAGUGACACUGGCAAUCCAGCUGGUCCGAUGCCGUGCAGCAUGGCCGCCACGUGCGAGGCGGCGGUCGCGCCACAGGUCCCGCUCACUGUAGUCCGUGCGACGGUUUCGGAUCCACUGCAGUUGGAGUUCGCUUCGGAGGCCGCGCGGGAAGACCGCGCGCUAGUGCUCGAGGCCGUGCGCCGCGACGGGCUUGCUCUGCAGUUCGCCGCUCGUGAGCUGCGGUGCGAUAUGGAGCUGGCGCUCGCGGCCGUCCAGCAGAACCCGCGAGCGCUGACACACGUGGCCUACGACCUGUUCACAGAGCGAGACGCGCUCUUGGGACUGAUCGCUGAUGUGGGGAGCGCGGCGCUGCAGCACGCACCCAAGGAACUUCAGGACGACCGCGACGUGGUCAUGGCCGCGGUGCGGCGGCAGGGCCAUGCGUUGCAGCACUGCUCGUCGCGCUUGCAGCGCGACGCCCGCGUGGUUCUGGAGGCUGUGCGGCAGUGUGGUGCCAGCGCUCUCGACCACGCAGCCCCCGACCUGCUGCGAGACCGCCAGUUCGUGCUCUCGGCAGUGCGCCUGAGCCCCGCGGCGCUGUUGCGCAUGCCCCCUCAGCUGAAGAGUGACCACAGCUUCCUUCUCGAGGCGCUGAAGGUGAACGGACGGGUCCUGGAUUACUUGGACGAGCAGCUCUGCUCUCACCGCGGCUUCGUGCUGCAGGCGGUACAACAGCGAGUCAUGGCGAUACUGCAGCGCGCCCCAGCCACUCUCUGCAGUGACCCGCAGUUCAUGUUGCAGGCGAUACAGCUCAGGGCGUCUGCCUUCGUGCAUGCUCCGGACGGCCUGCGCGAUGAUCCCGAGUUUGUGUUAGAAGCCAUCGGUCGCAACAACAAUGUGCUGCAAUUCGCGCCUGGGCGCUUCCGGCAUAAAGCAACAUUCAUGUUGCGCGCGCUUGAAAAGUGUCCUGCGCUUUGGGCGCAGCUACCCGAGGCCCUGCUGUCCAACGAGAAGUUCAUGAUCCAAGCGACGCGGCACCGGCCAGAGUUGUGGGCGCACGCGCCAGAGCACUUGCGGAAUAGCUUCCGCUUUAUGGCGCAGGUGGUGCAGCAUGACGGUCUUCUCCUCAAGGAGGCCUCCAAGAGCCUCCGCGCGGAUUGGGACCUUGUUGCCAAGGCAGUGAUGCAGAACCGCCUCGCGCUGGACUACGCGGCGGAGGAGCUGCGACGUGAUUGGCACCUGAAGUUGGUGGCUUUCUCCCGCGGCGGGGGUGGCGACGUGCAGCAGAAGCCGAAGCGGCAGAGGGCUGAGUGGGAGACCGUGGCGGCCUCGGGCAAUUUGCAGGAGGCGCUGGCAGAGGCUGACAGCUUCGUGGCUGCCAAGCAGAAGGCCGCCGCUGCCAGGCGCAAGGGGCGGCUGCUGUGCACGAGCCUGCCUGCCGAUGCCUGGUGCAGCGUGCUCCUGUUCGCGGGGGCUGCGACCGGCAUGCGGGCGGCGCGGUGCGCCAGGGAGCUCCAGAUGCUGGCCAGGCACCUGCUGCCACAGCUCCUCCACACCUUCGAGUACGCAGAGUCCUCGCUGCAGGGCCGGGCCCGCAGGGGCUGCCACUACCUGCUGCGCCCCGAUUCGGCGGGCGAGGGAGGCUCCACGGGCGCGGCCCGGCGGCUGCAGGCGCUCUUCACCUCGCCGUGCGCUCCGCUGCUCCGGGUCGUGGACCUCUCGCAGGCGCCGGUGCUUGGCAUCCUCAGGGCCACGGAAGCCUUGGUCAAGGUGGAGGGCCUGGAGCUCGUGCGUUAUCCGCAGACGGGCUGGGACAGCAGCGCGCAGCUGAGCUCUUUUAUCAAAGCGCUCGACUCCAAGGGGGUUGCCUCCGAGGCCACCAAGGUGCGGCUCAAGACCGACCGCGGCACUUUCGCGCCGCCCUCCUACCCCGCCCCGUCCACGCACGUGGCGCAGAGCGUCGGCAGCACCGGCGGCGCUGGCAGCUGUGGCGGCCUCUCGGCCGCCGCGCGCGCGGUGCUGGACUUGCUGCCCGAGGACGCUCCGGCAGGGCACGAGGCAUGGGAGCGGGUGCGGUUGUGCAGGAGCAACGAGGUCAGCAUGUUCCGCUACACCCUUGGGGAUACGGACAUCCACUUCCAGGUGACCGAGAAGAAGGUCGGGAGCGCGCUCGCCGCGCAGCGCCUGGCACGCUCGUGCUACAUGCGCUUCGAGGCCGGCCAGAGCAAGGACGACAUCUUGGCCUGGCGCAACGAGGUCUACGCCCAGGUUGCAACGGCGCUACGGCGCAACUCAGAGAACGCCUGA